GAGCCCAAUUUUGCAUUGCUGAAACCCACGAGACCCCCGACGGUGCUCGCGCCCUGCAGAGAUAAAAAAAAAGGUGUUUACUAUAAAUGAAGGCAAAACACAUUAAACAACACCAGCAACCCCUCAGCCUCUGUUACAGACUGUCCAACUCUAACUCCUGAUGCCAGCUCAGUAAACAACAAAGCCUGUAGCUGCCGCUGCACAGCGACAGCAUGCUAACAGGUAAUAUAGUUCUGGAACUCUCCAAAGACAAACAUAAUGCCAGCCUCCUGGACAGACAGCUGGUCCAGUUCCAGAACUCCGUAAACCGAGUGGAGAGUGAACUGAGCGCCCAGAUCCGCUACCUCACACAGGUAGCUACUGGUCAACCUCAUGAAGGCUCCACUUAUUCAGCCAGGAAGGACUGUCAGAUGGCACUGAACAGAGCAGAGUACGCCAAGGUCAAACUUGGAGAACUGGGACGGGCUUGCGAAGUCAUGCUGGAGCAGCAGCAGCAGACAUGAAAGCAGAGAGGGCAGAUGGCCGACUGGUGGAAUAGCAAUCACUGGGCAACAUUUCACUCCGAUACUUGAUAUGACUGUUUCAGCAUUCAUUCUGCACUUAUGCCACCAGCAUUAAAAACUUUUAAUAAUC